GGACCUGUUUGCAGGAAACAUUUCUGCGCCGGCAAGGUGUAGGAAGUUUUUUUCCUUCCCCCUUCAGUUAAUGACCUUGCAUUGGUGCCCGGCAGGGCCGGGGUCCCGCUGUGCCCCAUCGCGGCUGGCAGCGGGAUGCACAAAGCCGCCGCAGCCUCGGGCGGUGCCAGGGCUCGUGGGGUCGGGACAGCGGCGCGGUGCCAGCCCGGGCCGGUUCCUGUGCUUACGUCCCGCGGGCGUGUCCCUUAAAUCCCGCACGGGAGCGACACGGGGCAGGCAAGCGCCAGCGGAGCCGAGCGGAGCGCUGUCAGCGGGGGAGAGAUGGCCUCGGUGGGUCCCUCCACAACCUCCACGCAGCCCGCCCUGCCCUCCGGACCCGCCGUCUUCAAAACCAUCCCCUACGCCUUCAUCCUGCCGGAGAUCGUCUGCGGGACCUGGGUGUGGAUCCUCGUCGCUGCUACCUCCGUCUCCUUGCCGCUGCUGCAGGGAUGGGUGAUGUACGUGUCCCUCACCUCCUGCCUCAUCUCCCUGCUGCUCCUCUUAAGCUACCUCCUCGGCUUCCACAGGAACAGUGAGAACUGGAAAGUGCUGGACAGUUUGUACCAUGGCGCCACGGCCAUUCUGUACAUGAGCGCCGCUGUCCUGCAGGCCAACGCCACCAUCAACUCUGAGUUCGGCGUCAACGCGCCCCUCAACUACCAACUCAACAGCGCUGCAUCGUUCUUCGCCUUCCUCACGGCCUUCCUGUACAUCCUCCACGCCUUCAGCAUCUACUACCAGUGAUCCUGGCAGCACCAGUUUCACCUUGACAGGAUGAGGGCUUUCCCAGUGUGAGAGACCCUGCUGUUGUCCCAAGGUGUGCCUGCUCCAGCCCAGUCACCAGGCCUCAGGAACAGCAAGUCCUUUUGCAUCUCAUCACAGGAGGGAUUUUGCUGGGAAACGUUGGUGUGCCUGUGGGACAUUUCCUGCCUUACCUGGGGAAGGGACUUGCAAGGGGAGGGAGUGGGUGCAGGCCCCAAGCCUCCAAUACUGACAUUCUGCCAAAUAUUGACAACCAUGGGAAGAGAAAAAAAGAAAAAAAAUCACUGUUCCUUCAGCAAACAAUCUCCUAUCUUAUGUAAUUUGCCUUUCUCCAGUUCAACUCCAUCCCUCCCCAACACAAGUUCAUAACAUUGAUACAAGAUUGUGUUCCUUGACUUUCAGAUGGUUUCAUUUGGUAAAUGCUGUAUUUGGAAUAAAGUGUCAAGGGGCAGAUUUUGA